UUACGUUCUUUUCCUUACGAUUGUCAAACGAAACGUGAGGUCGAAGCUCCAUUGUGAUAGCAUGCAUUGAAUUCCUAUGGCUGAACUCGUAAACGUCAGGUGAAGCCGAAGCUGAAGUGUGUUUGUGAUUCAGCCAUAAAUGUUUCUCUGCUUUUUGUGAACAGCUGAAAGUUGUUUUUAUUUUUUGACAGCUAUCUCAAUACAAAUAUCCAACUCAUUCAACAAGGUAUCUAAAAAUCCAGCUAUCCAAGAUACUCUAUCCAACACGAGAUUGAACGCAGCCAUUAAGUUUAAGUCCUCAUCAAUUGAUCAGCUUCUCAUAGGCAAAACGAAAGGACAGCCGACGUUUGUCAUUCUUAUAAUGGAGGAUUUUGGCUACACGUACAUGUCAACGACAAACAACAUUUUUAUUUUAGAAGUUUUAGGCAAAUAAAUAAUAAUUCUAUAUUGUCAUUAAGUUAUUAAGAAUGUUUUUAAAAAAUGCAAAUAGAGCAUUGCGUAGAAAGAAAACACGUAACAAUGUGAACCUGAGCAGAAAGGAAUUCAUAGAAACUUUAGUUAAUGAAUAUCAUACAACAACAAAUAUUGAGGCACAAGAACAAGUUACAGCAAAUUUAGUAAAUUUUGCAUAUGAUCCAUUAAAUUAUCAGUAUCUUCGUGACGCGGCUGCCUUGCAGUUAUUUUUUCAACUUAUCUCUUUACCUAACGAACGUUUGGCACUUCAUGGAGUUGCAGGCAUCUGUAAUAUUUGUUCAGAUUUUAUUUCACGCCAAGAAAUAAUUAAACCGAAAAACAUUGAAGCAAUCUUUAAAAUAUUUAAAGAAACAACAAAUACAGAAACUUUAAUUUACCUGCUAACAAUCUUCUAUCUUCUUGCCCUCGAGGACAAUAGCGUGAGGUUAAAAAUUUGCUCCUCUGAAAACGUGCAAAGAAUAACCUUAUGUACGAAAUCAACUGAACAAAGACUUAAAUUGCUAGCAAUCGUUUUCUUGAAAGAUUUCGCAUCUACGGAAUUGGUAACCAAUGAUAGAAAACUGUUGGCCUGUAGAACGUACUCUUCGUUCAAGGACAGUAUCAUAGUUCAUAAAAUAUUUACACAAGAUGACUUGGACAAAUUUACCAAAUUGACAGGAGAUACCAAUCCAAUUCAUUCUACUCAUGUACCAGAAGAAGAACGUAUGGUUCACGGGGCGCUAUUAAAUGGAGUAGUUUCUGGAAUUAUUGGAACUCACCUCCCUGGACCGGGCACAGUGGUUUUAUUCCAAGAGCUAUUGUUCCCACGCCAGUGCCGAAUAAACAAGAAUACUGAGAUUCUUGUUAAACUUGUUAGCAAACGUAAAAUAAGUGUUAUUUAUUAUGAAUGCAGACAGGAAAAUGAAAUAGUGUUUAAAGGGAAAGCCAAAGUAAUGUUACCAAAAAAUAAAUAUGAAUAACUAAAAAAAAUAUUGUUUUAAAAAUUCUUGUAAUUACAGUGCCGCAUUUAAUUCUUAAUGGCACACCAAAAUCCUCUUACUUUGAACCCUUGCUUUUGUUUACCUUAUUUUGCUUCGGUGAUUAUAUUUAUUUACUAUUAAAUGACUUUCAUAGAUACGAUGAAAAAACGUACAACAAUUCUUAACUAUCAUCUUCAUUUAUUUGGGAUCGAAUUUAGAGUUUCUUUAUCGACUGAUUAAAAAAACCAAAGCAAAUUUGUUCCGAUAACA